GUGUCAAAUAUUCCUUUUCAAGUUUCAACCCUUCUUUAAUUAAUAUACUAAUUAAUUAGUACUUAAUUAACAAUUAUUAUCUCAACCCUUCGUGAUAAUCCCUUGGGUUCCUUUUUCUUCUUCAGUCUCUGCAGUAUCUGCCCAGGUCUUCCUUCUCCUUUUUUAGAGAGAGAGAGAGAGAGAGAGUGGAGAAGAAAAAGAAAGAAAGUUUGGUGACUGUGGUGGGCUCCAUUCUGUUCACUUCCAUACUCACACUCUCAUGAAAAGUUAGAUUCAAGGGUUUUGGAGUGCAUUUUUGUGCAAUUCAUUGCCUAGUCUUGUGGUUUUUGGUUGGGACUAUUCCGCAAUGGGAAAAUCUCCAGGAAAGUGGCUUAAGACUAUCCUGUUAGGGAAGAAAUCAUCGCGGUCGAGUGUGUCAAAAGGAAGAGAUGGUUCGAAAGCUGGAAAUGUGAAAGAAACACGGAUUACUGCUAAGGCGCCAUCUGAUGAUUUGGUUGUGUCACCACCCAUUAUUUCACAACCUGCAUCUGGUACAACCCAUAAACAAGGAGGGAACUCAGAUACAGAUACAGGGACGAUGCCCAAUCUACAUAGCAAUGAGGUUGUCUCGUUGCCUCAAGACCAAGAACAACUCCCAUCUGAUCUAGAUAGAACCAAGCAAUAUAAAUCGGCUACUAUGGUGCAAGCUGCUUUUAGGGGUUACCUGGCUCGUAGGGCAUUUCGCGCUCUCAGAGGCAUUAUAAGGCUGCAGGCACUUGUACGUGGUCAUCUGGUGAGAAGGCAAGCUCGUGCUACUUUACGUUGUAUGCAGAGAAUAGUGAAACUACAGGCAUUGGUUCGAGGUCAAAGAGUCACACUUUCUGAUGGUCAUAUUGAAGUUUCCAAGAAGUCCAGUCCCAGAAAACCGCUGGGUGUGAAGCGUUCUGAUUCUACCGGAUUAAGUGCUCCCGCGCGAAAAGAGAAGCCACGAGUAAAUGCCUUUGUUACUAAGUAUCUUGGUUCUUCAUCAAAGGCGAUGCAUCUGCGGCUCCAAUUUGGUCCCGAUGAACCAAAUUCAGCCUGGGCCUGGCUUGAACGCUGGACAUUAUCGCGUUUCUGGAAACCGUUUCUGCAACCUAAGAAAGUUGUUGAUACGAAAUCUCAGACGAGGCAAGGAGCCAACCACAAUGCGGUAACUGAGCCAAGUCGGUCAAGGCGUGUUAUUCGUAAGGCUCCUAUGGCCAGUGCUGACACCAGCUCUGCACUAUCCACCUCAGAGUCCGAAAAACCGAAACGCAACCUGAGGAAAGCUGCUGCUCACCAUGUAGAUCCAGUUCAAGAACAUCCACAAAGCGAGCUUGAGAAAGUUAAACGCAAUUUGAGAAAGGUUUCUAACGCAAGCGCAGAACCUGCUAGUCAGCCAGAAACUGAAACUGAGGAGCCAAAACGCAGUCUGCGGAAGCCAUCAAAUUCCCCAUCUGCCGACAUCCCAAACCAUUCCAUGAGCGAGUCCAUUGCAGAAGUAAAGCAGGUUUCAACAGUUCCAGUGACUGAACAAUUUAAUAUUCCAGUUGAGGCAGAGAAGCCUAACAACAGUACGGGAGAAUUAUCGAGUUUUUCAGCCUGUGAAAUUUCGGAGAAGGCCAUUGAUGAAUGUGCUGUACAAGUCCAACAUACAGCAGCUGUGGUGGCUGGACAGGCUGAUGUUGAACCUACUCAGGAAUUGUUGGCAGCAGAGGUACAGGUUGAUGUGUUGCUUGAAGAUCAUUCACAAAUUGAAUUUCCACCUUUGGAAAACAGUACAAAAGACGAAAAUAUUCCUGAGACCAACACAGAGCUAGUUUCUAAGGAUGAUCAAACCAGUAAUGAGAACCAUAAAAUCACCAAGAGAAGAACUUCUUUCCCAGCAAAGCAAGAGAAUUUGGAGAUUGGUUUGAGAAAUAGUCCAAGUAUUCCAAGCUAUAUGGCGGCAACUGAAUCUGCAAAGGCAAAGCUUCGUGGACAAGGCUCUCCGAGGAUUAAUAACGAUGUGGUUGAAAAGAACGGUUUUACAAGGAGACAUUCUCUGCCCUCUUUGACCAAUGCAAAAAUGAGUUCAUCAUCGCCACGAACUCAAAGGGUGGUCCAAUCAAACGGCAAAGGAGCAUCCAAAACUGACAGAUCUUUGCUAACUUCCAGAGAUGGAAACGAGAAGGUUGCCCAAGCUGAAUGGAGAAGGUGAGUUUCCAAUAGAUGGUUUUGGAAGAUGCUAUGGGAAGGAGGUUAUUGAUAUAGUAGAGAUGAAAAUUCUUGUCUGCAGUUUUUACUAUGAUCUUUUUGGAGUAAAGUUCUAAUUGUAAAACCUUAAAAGAACUGGGUUUGGAAUGAUAGCAGGUGUUUCGUGUGUGUGUGUGUGUGUGUAGUGAGCAAAGACCUUUGCUAGUAUUGGGGUUUGUUUUAGUGCAUGUAAAGAGUUGAUAAUUUAUAGGCAUUAGUUUAUGGCUUGGUUUAUGUUCUGGACAAAUUAUUCCCAUCUUUUGGUUGUCAUACUUUUAUUUUGGC